CAUAAGAGUUACAGGAAUUCGGUUCUAGAUAACGAUUAUACGGAUACCAUUUUUCAAACGGAGAAAUUAUUUUAACAGUUUUUACAAAUAUUUGUAUUGUGUUGUGAAUACAUUAACAUUAACUUUGUUUAUAAUAAUAAAUUUACAAGGCAUCAAUAAUAAGAAGUCGCUUAAGGUUGAAUCUUACGUUGCUGAAGUUAACGAUUUUAAAAAACAAAGGAACAUACGUUUAUCUGGUAAAAUUUUAUCGGAAAACAAAUAUAAUUCAAGUAUGUCCAGUGAAGGUGCAAAAGAAAACUUAACUGAGAAUAUUGAAGUUGGAAUGGAGCGCACUUCUGAAUCGAAUCAUGUUCUUGAGGAGAUUAAAGUUGAAGUGCCUGGUUCACAAAUUGAUCCACAACCCAUUCAAGCUCUGAAGAGAGCAGCUAAUCAACUUGACUCUUUGGAGGAAAUAAGUGUUAGUGACAGACCAUUGAAGUGUUUUAAGAAAGAUGAGGAGGAAUUUGAACCACCUAUAUUGGAGCAAAUUUCUACCGAACCCUUGUCAUCAAGCUCUUCAUCAUAUGUGCACUUCUGUGGCGCAAAGGUUUCUUCAACUCGUGAAUACAAUACAAAUUAUACAAACAUUUGUAAUAAUUGUUUCGAGGAAUUAUGGCCCAUUCUGCUUGAUUUAGAGCGAUGUUUGCCAGUCUUUGAUGACGAUCAAAAUCAAUUAUUGGCAGAUGUGAGCGAGGUUGAAGGUCCUUCAGCCAGCACUGAUAAGCCAAUGGUUUCGGCUACUUUGGUGCCAUCAAUACCAGGUCUGAAGAUAUCAACUAACGCAAUAGCACCGCUGCAGUAUAUACGCGUUAUUGAUGAGCAUGACAAUGAGUCAUCCGGUGAAGACGAACACAUAGAUGUUCCAGCUACCGCUUAUAAGCGGACGGUUUCUGGUACUUUGAUACCGUCAACCGUAGAUCUUAAGAACUCAUCUAACCUAAUACCAGGAAUGAGUUAUAUACGCGUUAUUGAUGUUAAUCCAAAUGAUUCAUCUGGUGAAGACGAGUAUGACAAUGCUUUAGUAAGCACUGAUAAGCUGUUGGAUUCGUCUACUUUCGUACCAUUAAUCCCAGGUCAGAUGAAAUCAUCUAACUUAAUGCCAUCGAACCAGAAUGCACACAGUGUUAUUGGUGUCAAUCCAUACCAAUCUUCUGAUAAAGUUAAGGUUGGUGAUCCUAUAGCUAGCAUUGAUAAGCCGAUGGUUUCGGCUACUUUGAUGAAGUCAAAAGUAGGUAUAAAGAAAUUAUCUACCUUAAUGCCACCAAAACAACAUAUAGAGAAAGUGAUUGACGUGCAUUUUAAUAAAUCAUCAGAUAAAGUUAAGGUUGGUGAUACCAUAGCUAGCACUGAUAAGCCGACGUCUUCGGCACGAAUUAUAUCAUCAGUUCUUGCAUCAGAGGAGCAAUCUAUGGUAAUAAAUCCUCAGGAACUACCUACCUAUUCACCAAGAAAUCGCGAUGUUGAAGCUGUGAAUCAGAAUUUAUUACGGGAUUCGGUUAACAAUCAUGAGAAUAUCGGUAUGCCAAAUUUGGCGGUUCAACCUCUAACCGAUGAAAAAGCCACCGCAGCAAAGCGAGGUCGAAAAAAGACUAUCAAAAAAGAUGUGAAAGAUCCAGAUCGCAAAAGCAAAAGUCAAGUUUAUUUAAAGUUGCUUCGUGCACAUUCAGAGGAGUUCGCAAAAAACAUGGAAAUGAUUAUUAGCGACCCGUUAAUGGAUGAAAACAGAUGUAAAAACUAUAUAAUAGAGGAACUUGUUUCUCCAUAUGCUUUUCACAUAAUGAAUGACAUUGUUGUGGAACAGUUGGAACCAAGUGAACAAAAUAGUGUAUCUGAAGAAAACGCAACAAAAGAGGCUCAGGAAAAAUUUUUAAAUUACUUAGGACUAAAAAAAUCAUCUGAUGUAACUGUGGCAAAAAGAAAGUCAAACAGAAAAAAAGGACCCUCAUCGUCACACGUUACCGAAAAAUAUGAAAUGAUGUCAGUGAUGAAGGAAUUAUAUAACGAUAAAACAUUAAGACAAAAACGUAUUACCAUAAACCGUAAGACUGACAUAAAUGAAGCAAGAGAGCCUCCUACAAAAAUGCGUAAGCUUGCCGUCAAUGGCAAAAGAAAAGAGAAUAAAGCACCGUUCAAUAAGUCUGAUGAGAUUAAUAACGAUAAGUUUAAGGAAAACGUUUUAGUGCCCGUAGAUAACAUGCCGUCAGUACACGUGAAGAAAUGGAAUACAUACGGAGUGGCUAUGCAAUUACUUAACAUUUGGCUACGUAAAGGAGAUGCAAAAUAUAUCAUCAAUGCUAUAGAAUUUUGCAUUUCCGCAGAUAAUCGUAUUGAUCGGGCUCUGGCAUUCGCUUCGCUUUUAGUGCUUUCCGCGCAUAACUAUAUACAGUUAGAUAAGCAAAUGAAUACUAAUGAUAUAGGAUACAUACGGCGUGGACCGAAAUUUCUCAACUAAACGGGACAAUUCAUUAAUGCAUAUUAUAUUUUCUUAUUCUUUUCCUUUUCCUUCUCCCCUUACAUUUAUUUCAUUUUUUUAAUUUUUUGUUAUUUACACUAUUUUAUUUUCUUAACAUAACUUAUAAACGAUGUAGGCUUUCGACUAGCAUUACCCUAAAAUUCAAACGAAAUAAGUAAAGAUAAUAUACAUCAUACAUCUAGUCAAUAUCUAGUAAAUACGGAUUAUGUGACCGAUCUACAUUUAUAGAUGUAUUGAUUGAUUCAAAAUAUUAUCUAUGUUAAUUGUAAUUUAUGACUACUAUAAUUAUUAUGGUAUACGUCUACUAGAAUAGAUGUAUUUGCAUAACUAAGAAAAUUGUAUAGUCUAUUAAGUGAUUUAAGAGCACAGUGGAAGAAAGCAACUCUGUCACUUAAAAUAUGUUUGGUUAACAUUUUUAGUCUGUAACCUUUACCUUUACAGAUAUUUUUAGUAGAAGUUUCUGCUUGUGAAAAAUGCUUAGUCAUACAAACGUUUCCUUUUCAUAAAUAUAUAAAAGGACAAAUUAUAA